UGGUGCUAACAGUUUCGUCGUUGGGUGUCGUCAACAUGGCUUCGCUGGAGUUGCUUUUUGGUGACUUGGUAGCUGAUAUUUUAAGUGGUGUUAGUGAUUUUGUUGUUGAAUAUCGUCGGUUUUGGUGCCUUGUUGGUUUUGGUGUUGCGUUUUG